UCUGUCAGUGGCGCUCGCUGCUUCCAAGGGGGAAGUGCUGGGGGAUAAUUAAUGUUUUUAUUAAAUUUGGAGGGAAUUUUUUGCAGCCGAUCGCCUGGCGUGGCCUUCAGGCUGAUUGGAGUCCAGAUCCCGAAGAAAUCUCCAGAUCAAAUGCCCAGUAAAUAAAACACUGAGCUAAGACUUGUGGAAGAGCUGCAGAAUGGAUGGAUUUUAUGACCAGCAAGUGCCUUACAUGGUCACCAAUAAUCCGCGUGGGAGAAACUGUAAUGAGAGACCGACAAAUGUCAGGAAAAGAAAAUUCAUUAACAGAGACCUGGCUCAUGAUUCAGAAGAACUCUUUCAAGAUCUGAGCCAAUUACAGGAGACAUGGCUUGCAGAAGCUCAGGUACCUGACAAUGACGAGCAGUUUGUGCCAGACUAUCAGGCUGAAAGUUUGGCUUUUCAUGGUCUCCCUGUGAAAAUCAAGAAGGAACCCCAUAGCCCGUGUUCGGAACUUGGCUCCGCUUGCAGUCAAGAACAACCAUUCAAGUUCAGUUAUGGGGAAAAGUGCCUGUACAAUGUCAGUGCCUAUGAUCAGAAGCCACAAGUGGGAAUGAGGCCCUCCAACCCACCAACGCCAUCCAGCACUCCUGUGUCACCACUGCACCAUGCCUCCCCAAACUCAGCUCAGACUCCUAAACCUGACCGGGUUUUCCCUACCCAUCUCCCUCCAUCCCAGUCCAUUCAAGACAACAGCUUCCCUAUGGACCACAGAUUUCGCCGCCAGCUCUCUGAACCUUGCAAUUCUUUCCCACCUUUGCCUACAAUGCCAAGGGAAGGACGUCCAAUAUAUCAGCGCCAGAUGUCUGAGCCAAACAUCCCUUUCCCACCUCAAGGUUUUAAGCAGGAGUACCACGAUCCAGUUUAUGAACACAACGCUAUGGUUGGCAGUGCAGCCAGCCAAAAUUUCCCCCCUCCUCUGAUGAUUAAACAGGAACCUAGAGAUUUUGCAUAUGAUUCAGAAGUGCCUAGCUGCCAUUCCAUUUACAUGAGGCAAGAAGGCUUCCUGGCUCACCCAAACAGAACAGAAGGUUGUAUGUACGAAAAGGGACCUAGACAGUUUUAUGAUGACACUUGUGUUGUUCCAGAGAAGUUUGACGGUGACGUCAAACAGGAGCCAGGAAUGUACCGUGAGGGUCCCACGUAUCAACGGCGAGGCUCGCUUCAACUGUGGCAGUUCUUGGUAGCUCUUCUCGAUGACCCGUCAAACUCCCACUUCAUCGCCUGGACUGGCCGAGGCAUGGAAUUCAAGCUGAUCGAGCCAGAAGAGGUGGCACGUCGCUGGGGGAUUCAGAAAAAUAGGCCAGCUAUGAACUAUGAUAAACUUAGCCGAUCACUUCGCUAUUAUUAUGAAAAGGGAAUCAUGCAAAAGGUCGCUGGAGAAAGAUACGUCUACAAGUUUGUUUGCGACCCUGAAGCGCUUUUCUCCAUGGCCUUUCCGGACAACCAGCGCCCCUUACUGAAGACUGACAUGGAACGUCACAUCAAUGAGGAGGACACUGUCCCUCUGUCCCACUUCGAUGAGAGCAUGGUCUACAUGCAGGACGGUGGCUGCUGCAACACGCACCCUUAUAACGAAGGCUAUGUCUAUUAACAACAGUGACAGCAAAGGGGAUGUUUUCCUCCUCCCUUAGGCUUCUCCUCUUUCACAAGACCCAGGGGAAAAGCUGAAUCGACUUCAGUUUGUUUUUUAAAUAGUACACUAAAAGGGGCUUUUCCUGUUGCAUUACUCCUAUGGUCUGCCAUGGACAGCGCACUUUAUUUGAAAGGGGAGGGUUGGAAUCUAAACGUUAUUCUGUGUAACAGGAGGAAAAGGGGGGGGGGUUGCUUUUUACUUAAGUUUGGGAAGGGAACAUACAGGUUUUAAGUACAAAAAAGCUAUAUCAUGUCUGUUUUGUUUCAUAUCAGCAUAAGAUAUUGUACAUUUUCUCUGGGUAUCUGUAGUACAGUUAAUUCUCAUUGUGCAAAAUAACCACUUGAUGAUAUCAGCAUAGCAUGCCUAGGGCAUUUAUUUGUUGCCAUUCUUAAAUGUUUCUGCAGUUAUAGAAGAGGAACAAAGCAUAUAUCGCAGCAUUUAAUUUAGAAGUGGCAGACCUUGCGCCUUGCCUUUAAAAACGAACCAGUAUCUCAAGAUAGUUUUGUGGGGUUUUUUAUUAUUCUUUUUUGUUUUUCUAUGGCCUUAGAAAGAUUCCCAUUUAAUGGCGGAGUGGCCAUCGGUACAGUGACUGAGAAGCACAAUCCCUGACCUCAGAUUGCAAGUUGCGUGUUAUAUCUGGUGCCACCUUGCUAUAUGUAUAUGGCCCACGCUAUGGUUUAGACCCUACAAGAUCCACUUGAGGGUAGUAAUUACAUGUGGUAGGCUUCCUGAUGAUCAUGUCAGCAUUAAAUACAGGAUCAUGGUUGGGAGGGAGAAAACAUUUUGUAUCCUUCCAUUUCCUUUGGUACAUAAAUAAGUUAUUUAAUCAAUAGGAAUUAACUGUACUAAGUCACAUAUCUAAUUAUGCUGUUUAGACACAGCAAGCACUCCUUGAGAAAAAUAUCCAAUACACUAAAUAGGUACUUUAGUAAUUUUUAGACACGGUACCCAUUAAUAUGCAUUUAAACCUUUUACUGCUGUGUUAUGUUGAUAACAUAUAUAAAUACUAGAUAAUGCUAAUGCUUCUGCUGCUGUCUUUUUCUGUAAUAUUCUCUUUGAUGCUGAAUUUACUAUGACCAUUUAUAAGCAAUGCUGUAACUACAGGUAGCAUUUCAGGACAAAAUAGAUGACUUGAACCAUUUAUUGCUUAGAAAAUAGCUUAUGCCAUAGCUGUGCUAUAAGCAGCUUUUACGCGCAUCCACAAAUGCCUAGUAAGCUUCAGCUUGCUGAGGAAAGCUCUGCGGAACCUUUUGUAACUUUCGGUGGGACGGAGACUUAUACGAACUGUCAAAGAAUACCAUGAAGUCGCUGUAUGACGUUGUAGUGCUGGCACUGAUGUUACCAAUCAACUUGUUUUGGACACUAAAUGUAAAUGUGAUCGGACAUGUUUGGAAGACAAUUUAAAUUUUGAGGGUUUUUGUUUUGUUUAUUUUUUUAAACUGUUUUGUUUUUGCGAGGGGUGAUCUUGAACACAAGCCACACAUUAUUCUGUAUGUAAAAUGAAGAAAAAAAAAAAAGAAAUCAAAAUUUUAAAUAUUUAUGAGCACCUUUUCUGAAAUGUAAUAUUUCCUAGUUUGAAGGGAGGGAGAGGGGAUAAGAUUUAGAGUUCUUUCUUUCUUUGCCCAGAGAGAUUUAAACAGGUGUUAUAUGGAAUAGCUCAUUUUCCAGCAUUCUCAAGAAGUGGUAGGAAAAUGAAUGCUAAACCAUGAAAUAACAAGAAUAAUUGUCAUCAUAAUAGAUGGAUUUCAAAGACAAUCUGAGGUGCUGGGUUAAUUUUCCAUUCUGUGUCAGUUAAGACACUAGUUAAGCUAUGAAUAUUUUAAUACAUAAUUAAUCAAAAGUAAAAAAGAAGUGGUCACUAGAAACCACAGGUGCAGAGAAACUUUUGGGCAGGCAUUGAAUUUACUUAGAUCCAUAAGGCAACAUAUUUUAUCGGAGUGCAUAUAUGCCUUAAUAUGUCACCUAAUUCUGUCAUCUAUUUAUAAGUCUCAAUGGCACUUAAAUUUUCAGUGAUCGACCCAGAAUCGCAAGUCGAAAAUUGCAAAAUUAUCAGGAAAGAAAGGGACAAGGUGGAGUAAGACUUUUUAAAAUAAAAAAAAAAAAA